UUCUUUUUGAAAAUGUAAAGAGAGCCAUGUUUCUUGGGAUUUUGUUGGUUAAAGAGAAAGCAGAGCCAAAUAAGUUUAAUUUCGAUAUAAUUUUUUAAUACUUGGCUCGUUUUUUGCUUUGUUAUGGAAUUUCAGUUUUUUUUCCCCUGCAAGUGAAAGUGAAUUUCAACGUCUAUUACUGUGCAUUUUUUUGUUAAUAUUAUGUUUUGUGAAUUGGGUCCUUUUUCUUUCUUUUUAAAUUAUGGUGAUUUUCUUAUGUAUCUGCUGAAUUGGGAAGCUUGGAAAAUGAAACGUUCUAGUGACCUAUGAGUCUAAAAGACUAAAAUGGUUUUGUUCAAUUUAACUCUUUGGUUUGUUUCACUCCGUGCUCUGUUUUUAGAUGGAAAGUGAAAGGAAUUGCUUGCUGGAAUCCUAGAAAAGAGAAUUACUAUUUUAAGCGGUGCUUAUUAUUGCUAACAAGUGGAAGAAGAUUGCCUUGGCUUUGUUUGUUCUGUUUAAUUGCUUGAAUUUCUAAAAAUUUUCUGCCUGUUGAUAUAGCUUGAAUUUCAUUAUACUGUUCUGCAGACACACUGUAAAUUUGGAAGACAAUAAAACCCAUUUUUGUAAGCAUACGGAAUGUAUAUCGAUUGAGAAAUUCCUUCCAUCGACUACCAACUAUUGUUAGAUGAAGGACCGGGAGACUAACUGGGACUUCAAGACAAUCUGACUUCUGGAUUUACUAAAAUAUUGAGCAUUGAAGCUGAGAGUGUUUUUUAUUGCCUUGGAGUAGAACUUCUGAUUGAAAGUUGAAGUGUUGAAACCCAGGAUACUACUCUAAGGUUCACAAGCAAAGCAAGAAGCCAGAAAUAUAAUGGGAAACACAAUGCAAAAAUCCGAAGAAACAAAAGUAGAAGAACCAGGACUGCUGCGAGAAGAAGAAGAUUCAAACUUCACUUGUGAAAUUUGCACCGAACCUAUGCUAGCAAUCAGGAAAUUCAAGAAUGGUAGCUUGUGUAAACAUCCUUUCUGUUUGGACUGCAUAGCCAAAUAUAUUGAAGUAACAGUUGAGGAAUCCACUGGCUGCAUUGAAUGCCCUGGGCUGAACUGCAAGCAACCUUUGGACCCUCUCUCAUGCAGGCUUAUCAUCUCGAAGCCAAUAUUUGAGAAAUGGUGUGAUCAUCUAUGUGAUUCUACGGUUUUAGGGUCUGAAAGUUGCUAUUGCCCAUACCGAGAUUGCUCCGUGUUGGUUUUGAAUGAGUGUAUGGAUAACCUGAAGAAGAUAAAAUGUCCUAACUGCAAGAAAAACUUCUGUUUUCUUUGCAAAAUUCCGUGGCAUGCAGGAUACCGGUGCAAUGAGAGCAGACAUCUAAGAGAUACGAAUGACAUUCUGGUUGGUGAACUGAUUGAAGAGAAAAGGUGGACUAGAUGUUACAAUUGUGGUCACUCGGUUGAGCGAGUUAGUGGUUGCAGGGAUAUAAAAUGCAAAUGUGGGGUUCAGUUUUGCCACCAAUGUGGAGGGCCAUUCCAUUUCGGUCCUUGUAAGCACAAGUUCUGUGGAAAUGUUCUUUGCAAUAUGUUUAUUUUUAUGAUGUUACUGGCUUUCUGCUACUUCGUAUAUUUUGAAGUACAUUCAGUCCCAUCAAGAAAAGGGUAGACUCACAGUUGCGCUGGCCAUGUCUAGAUAAAUUUUCGAGCGUGAUGUUUAAGAAAGAUGUUGUAACUUUCAAAAAAGUUUGUGAAUGAUGUUCUUCUAGUACACAAAAAUAAUAUACUAGUUUGUUCGGUGGUUAGGUUAGAACUUAACAGGGGUUAGUUUUGUUCUAUCCUUGAACCUUUUCUACUUGGGAGAUGAACAUCCAUGAAAUUCUGGACAUGUUCAGUUAUUGUUACAGGGAAAGUUCUGAUUUGUUGAUCUGAUUCGUAAAAAUGUCACAUCAUUCUGAUUGAUUAUUUAUACAGCAAUAUCAUUCUGC